AUGAACAACCUCAUACCUGUCAUCAUAUGGUUAGUGCAAGCACAUCUCCCAAAGCAGCCGCUCUUGAUUUUCCUCUUCGUCGAUCCUUCCUCUUCCGACCUCCAUCUUCUCCUUUCCCUCCAUCAUUUUGCCCUCCAAGGUUUUCUGGUUGCUGAGUCAAGCCUUCGCGCCAUCUCUGCCUCUCCGGUGACCGGUGCUCCUCGCGCGAAAAAAAAAAAACAGAAAGAUUUCAUUUUUCUACGCAAAUCUCGAAUCCUGGAGGAACGAAGUAGCAAGAGGAUCAAAUCAACCAUGGAAGAAGAUCCUCCAGGAGACAAUCAGACGGCGAAGUCGGCAUCUCAGCUGAAUCUUCCGCCGUCGAUGAAUCGACCGACGGUCUCACUCGAGACCCGAAUCAACCGUUUAAUCGAUUACAAGCACUAUCACUCUCCAUCGAAGCCGAUAUACUCCGAUAGGUUUAUUCCGAGUAGAUCUGGGUCUAAUUUCGAGCUUUUCGGCCUCGAACCGUCGCCGAAAAAGGACGGCAAGGAAGAAGCGGCGGGUUCUUACGCGGGUCUUCUGCGAGCCGCGCUUUUUGGGCCGGAAACGCCGGAGAAAAGUGAUGUCGUUACUGGGUUCUCUCCGUCGCGGAAUAUUUUCCGGUAUAAGACGGAGACGCAGAGGUCUACGAACUCGUUCUCGCCGUUUGGCUCUGAUGAGGCUCCUGGUGUUAGCCGUAGCCCCGCCAAGUCGCCGAGGAAGAUUCUUAGGUCGGCUUAUAAGGUAUUGGAUGCGCCGGCUCUGCAAGAUGAUUUUUACUUGAAUCUCGUGGAUUGGUCGGCACAAAAUGUUCUUGCAGUGGGAUUAGGGAACUGCGUUUAUUUGUGGAAUGCUUGUAGUGGCAAGGUGACUAAGUUAUGCGAUGUUGGGAUUGAUGACAGCGUUUGCUCAGUCGGUUGGGCACUGCGUGGAACACAUUUGGCGAUUGGAACUAGUAGCGGAACUGUACAGAUUUGGGAUGCGUCGCGGUGCCAGAGAAUAAGAACAAUGGAAGGUCAUCGUCAAAGGGUUGGAGCCUUGGCAUGGAGCUCAUCAGUACUGUCUUCUGGAAGCAGAGACAGGAGUAUACUUCACAGAGACAUACGGUCUCAAGAAGAUCAUGUCAGUAAGCUAACAGGUCACAAAUCCGAAGUCUGUGGGCUCAAAUGGUCUUAUGAUAACCGUGAGCUAGCAUCAGGCGGAAAUGACAAUAGGCUUUUUGUGUGGAACCAACACUCAACACAACCGGUUUUGAGAUACUGUGAACACACAGCAGCGGUUAAAGCCAUUGCGUGGUCUCCACAUCAUUACGGACUUCUUGCUUCCGGUGGUGGUACUGCUGAUAGAUGUAUUCGUUUCUGGAACACGUCGUCAAACACUCAUUUAAGUUGCAUAGACACCAAUAGUCAGGUUUGUAACCUGGCUUGGUCUAAGAACGUGAAUGAGCUUGUGAGCACCCACGGAUAUUCCCAAAACCAAAUCAUCGUAUGGAAAUAUCCAACCAUGUCUAAAUUAGCAACUCUCACGGGUCAUACGUUCCGCGUUCUGUACCUUGCGGUCUCACCAGAUGGACAGACGAUCGUUACAGGAGCAGGAGAUGAAACCUUAAGAUUCUGGAACGUCUUCCCUUCCCCGAAAUCUCAGAGCAGGGAGAGCGAAAUUGGGGCAUUGUCUUUUGGUAGAUCAACAAUCCGGUGAAAUCUUGAGAUGAUUCUUGAUUUUCUUUUCUAAUCUCCGGCGACGAAGAAACCAAACACAUGCGUGUUAGUUGGUCGUCCUAACCAAACCUCCCAUAGAUUAGUGGAAACAAAUUAAAUUUAAGUUUUUUUUUCUUUUGCUGUGAUCAUUAGAUUUUUCUUCUCCGUUGUAUAGAUUGGAUUUUUUGUCUUCUGUAAAUAUUUAUAUUUGGUGAAACUUUUUUGAAUACACCAAAGAGAGUGUAGAGUGGAGAUUUCCUCUUGCCCAGAGUUCUGAGCUCUAAGAUGAUCUUUAUGCUAGCUAUGUAACCCAACGCACGUUAUUGUCUCCCUUGUGAUCUUCAGUUCUUC